CCGAUGUGUCAGCUGUAAUUGCAAACAGUUUGUAAAGAGUAAUGUGUGAAAUAAAUUGUUCCACAAACUUUGCUGUGUGAUUUGAACAGCAUAAUAUAGACCAUUAAAAGAUAAUAAAGAAAAUCAUGUUCCUCCUGUCAAGAGCUAGAAGGAUAAGUUCUUUCAGAAAAUUUACUCUUUGACUACGCAUCAUUUUCUUAUGAAUUCUUGUCAUCCAGCAUAAGGUAGCACAAUCAUUAUCUACGCAGGAUGGAAUUAAUGUGAACAUGGUCACACCAAAAGAAACACCAUGAAAAGGAACUAUAAAGUCCCAAAGAAUGACAAGGACAAUCGCUAUAUGUAGUAGCGACAAGAAGAAAAAUAUUAUUUUCUCUGUUAUUCUUUGAAUCAAUGUAAAGUCUAUAUAUUUUUUCACCAUGGAUUUUAAUUUAUUCACCAAUGAAUCCUGGGAGCUCGUGUUUCUUUUUUCGACACUACGAUGAACUUUAACCUACUUGUAGAGAUGAGCCGCGACUUUGAAUUCCUCCAGGAGAAAGUCCCUUGUAUUACCUCACAGUGAGUGUAAAAUGGAAACAUACGAGUCUCUGAUGACGCAACCCAAAGGAUUACUUAAAUGUCUUCUUCUCUGGACCUGUCUUCUUCUGACCUCUUGCGUAGAUGUCACUUAUGGACUUAAAUGUUGGCAUUGCAUCGCUGAAAAUUGCCAUUUGAAUCCCUAUGAUUAUGAUCAAGCCGAGAGUCGAGCGUGUCUUCCUGGGCAGACUUGCCAGAAGGUCGUGUUCGAGAUGUAUGAUGACAAAGAUAGGUACACCUACCGGUCAACGGUACGCAGCUGCGCUGACCAGUGCCUCCCGCAGGACGACUUCGACAACUGCACGGACGUACUCCAUCAGACAAGGGGCUGUGUCCAGCGCGUCUGCUGUGAUGAUGAUGACAUGUGCAACUCUGCCAGCAGAUCUGCACCCUGGGCAGACGCUAACAUUCUGAAUGAAUAUCUUUUUCCAAGCUGGAUAUCAUGUCAACAGUAUACCUGGACUAGUUGGUUACUAUCUGUAAAUUUUGUUUAUCGAAUGUUUGUAUAAUGUACUGUACAUGCCAGUGACUGUGAAGAACAUACAGCUUAUGACUGAGAUAAAGCUUCUCUUGACAUGAGCAAGAUAUCUGGCAUGAGAAGCAAUGUACAAUUCUGUCAUUUAAUAACUCCGACUUUGAAGACACGUAGGAUCUAUUCAUACUAUCAAAGAGGGCCACAACAUAUCAGAAAUCAUACAAUGGACUUAAAUCUUCUAUUGAAAUGAAGGUGUCCAACUUUAUGUUUCAAUUCGACUAUAAACUGGAUAUUUUUAUUAAACUUUUUGUACUUGAUUGUGAUACGUCUUCUGUGAUGUUAAUUAAGUAUGUUAUUGAAAUAUUGAAUUCCGCACAUUUUAUAUACUCUACUUUAAACUGUAAAUAUUAAAACACUUUCUGUCAGUGAAAACUGACCUGAUUCUAUUAGAAUAGUACUGUGAAUUUAUCGUCUGAAUUUGAUUGAUGUGUAGGCCUGUAUUUUGUAUGUAAAUAGUGUGUCUACAGUAAGUGUUUUGUGAAUGUUUACAUGUGUCGUUGUAUUAUAGUGUAAGUCUAAUGUUUAAAUUGAAAUUGUGAACUGUUCAUUUUUUUAUUGACGUUAAAAGUGGUCAAGUGUAAGAGCACAUAUUUGAUCUUUUUUGUUUGUAGCAUAUCUAAUGUCAUCAAAGAUCAAUUUUUGUUUUGUAGCAUAUCUAAUGUCAUCAUAGAUCAAUUUGGUUUUCCAAAGUAGUAUUUUUCUAGGCCACCUCAAAUUUAGUCUAGGGCUGUCCAGGCCAUCUCAAAUUUAGUCUAGGGCUGUCCAGGCCAUCUCUAGUUUAGUCUAGGGCUGUCCAGGCCAUCUCAAGUUUAGUCUAGGCUCUAGGGCUGUCUAUGGCAUCUCUAGUUUAGUCUAGGCUCUAGGGCUGUCUAUGGCAUCUCUAGUUUAGUCUAGGCUCUAGGGCUGUCUAUGGCAUCUCUAGUUUAGUCUAGGCUCUAGGGCUGUCUAUGGCAUCUCUAGUUUAGUCUAGGGCCGCCUAUGGCAUCUCAAGUUUAGUCUAGGACCGCCUAUGGCAUCUCAAGUUUAGUCUAGGGCCGCCUAUGACAUCUCGAGUUAAAUAGUUGUUAACUAAACCGUUGAAGAAUUUUCGAAACAUAGAGUAACUCUUGAUGUCAUUAUCUGGCACAGUUACAUCCCUUUGUUUAAAUGUCUGACUUACGAAAUAUACUCUGUUCAGAGGAGGAUGCAAAAAACUGACGUAUAGUUGAAAUAUGUCAUGUCAAAGAAGCUAAUUUAACUAGUUCUAGUAUGUUUCUUGGUUAUUAGUUGUUAUUUAGUAACACUGCUGUACGGUGUAAAUUUCCUAUGUCUGUCCAAUAAGUUACCUACUCAUUGACCAAAGGCCAUUUCAAUAAGCGAUCCGUGUGACCAUUUAAGAAUGUCUAAUAAAUUUAAAAGUUGGUGGAAAUCACUGUUGAGAGUCUACCCAUAGUGUAGCUGUCAAGAGAUCUACUUCUCAGCAAGUCCACCCAUGGAUAGUUAUACCAAGAGAUCUACUUUUCAGCAAGUCUACCCAUAGUGUAGCUGUCAAGAGAUCUACUUCUCAGCAAGUCCACCCAUAGUGUAGCUGUCAAGAGAUCUACUUCUCAGCAAGUCUACCCAUGGAUAGUUAUACCAAGAGAUCUACUUCUCAGCAAGUCCACCCAUGGAUAGUUAUACCAAGAGAUCUACUUCUCAGCAAGUCUACCCAUGGAUAGUUAUACCAAGAGAUCUACUUCUCAGCAAGUCUACCCAUAGUGUAGCUGUCAAAAGAUCUACUUCUCAGCAAGUCUACCCAUAGUGUAGCUGUCAAAAGAUCUACUUCUCAGCAAGUCUACCCAUAGUGUAGCUGUCAAGAGAUCUACUUCUCAGCAAGUCUACCCAUGGAUAGUUAUACCAAGAGAUCUACUUCUCAGCAAGUCCACCCAUGGAUAGUUAUACCAAGAGAUCUACUUCUCAGCAAGUCCACCCAUGGAUAGUUAUACCAAGAGAUCUACUUCUAAGCAAGUCUACCCAUGGAUAGUUAUACCAAGAGAUCUACUUCUCAGCAAGUCUACCCAUGGAUAGUUAUACCAAGAGAUCUACUUCUCAGCAAGUCCACCCAUGGAUAGUUAUACCAAGAGAUCUACUUCUCAGCAAGUCCACCCAUGGAUAGUUAUACCAAGAGAUCUACUUCUCAGCAAGUCUACCCAUGGAUAGUUAUACCAAGAGAUCUACUUCUCAGCAAGUCCACCCAUGGAUAGUUAUACCAAGAGAUCUACUUCUCAGCAAGUCCACCCAUGGAUAGUUAUACCAAG